AUGACUCCGGCAGACUUUGAUUUCGUGGCCAAACAUGUGUACAUCAAUCUGGAACACAUCAAUCGUUACCUCGGCAAAGCGAAAAUUGCUUCCAAAUUUCUCUCGGACGGAACCAAUGCCGACGAUCUGCCGGAGACUUUACUUUCCAUCACGAAGGAAGACGUUCCCGAACCAACCAGCGUAGCAAAAGUGUUCGAUCUUCUGGAGCGUCCUAGCGAAGAAGAGAUUGACACGCUGUUCGAAACAAUCCGAUCUCGGCCAUCCGGUGCAAACGGUAGCAACAAGAACCAGCGACAUGGAUCGUUCAAGAAAGCCACAGCCGGGCCACUGCAACAGUCGCGAUUGCUGAACGAAACCAAUCUGAUAACGAACUCACUUACAUCGUUGGGAAGUUCCUAUACCGAUCUAACUGGAGCGGUCAACAAAUCGACCGUCCCGCCGCCCAAACAGCCAACGAUCGAUGUAGAAGCGUUGGUUGCCAAAUUCCGGCAGACAAUUAGCAUGCUGGACUCGAUUGAAAACGGCAAGAUAGAGAACAUUGAUCUUUCACAGAUCCGUCAGCAGUUCCGACGAGAGUGGGCAAGCACCAUGAAGGCCUGUCGCAACGUGGAGGCCUUGCUGGAUGAGUUCAGGCAGCAGUCAGAAAAAAAUGGAUCGGUUACAAUUAAGAAGGAACCACUGAUAAGCAGUGAGUUGGUAAAAUCGAUGAAGCAAUUUCAAACGAAAUUACAUUACGCGGUAUCGAUUAAAAAAGCUGAAGUACUACCCGACAUGACCAAAACGCUCAACAAGGAAGUGUUCCCGCUGUCCGAGUGUCUCGAUACGAUCGACGAAACCAUCAGACAGAAGCAAUUGUAG